AUGGAGUCCAAUCUGGAUCAAGUCCAGGUUAAGGAUGGAGUUCAUUUAGAAGGGCAGGCUAUGCAACAUGAUUCUAUGGUUACAGUGCGACUAUCCGAGCCGCCAAUCCUGACACUCGACACGAAGAGACAUUCCGAUAAGUUUAAUACAAAUGAGGAAUUGCAGACGAGCGAAGAGACGAAUACUCCUACGGACAAAAGGCAGACGAUAAUGAGUAUAAUGGAUGUAACAGGGAAGGAAACGGGAGCGGAAAUUGGCACACAAGAAGAAGACUCGCCGAGAAUUACCAUGAUGGAUCCCAAUGGCAAUGAAGUGUCUACGCCUACGGGCUCGGAAUCGGCAGAAUCAGAACAUGGCUCGAGGCGAGAAAGUGAUAGCUCUGACACCUCGGUCGAGGAGGUCAAUUGGGAAGAAUUGGAGAAGACUGAGGAGCAGCAACCGAGGAAUCAGGAUUCCGACGAUUCAACCGCUUUACUGCUAGCCAGGCUUGAACAAGAAAACAACGCGAUAGCCUCGAAUCCAAAGGCGGGCAUCGCGAAAGUUCAGAAGGUUGAGAAACAACGAGCUCGAGCUCAAUCAAGACCACCCUCCAUACAGCAUCUCAAGAAAUUGGUCAAUGGCCCUACACCUUCAGCCCUUCGAUACUCGGUAACCCCUCCGCCUCCUAUGACCGACCUCGAAUUCUAUGCCGCACUCGUGCAAGACUACCCAAGAACUGCUCAAUAUUUGCCUACACUAUUGUCGAAGAAAAUCAGAAGCGGCAUACCUCCACCAUUGCGGGGCGUGGUAUGGCAGAGUAUGUCUGGGGCUCGGGAUCGAUUAUUGGAAGAGCAGUUCGAUAGACUAUGCGGCGAAUCAAGCCCGUAUGAAGGGAUUAUUGGGAAAGACCUGGGGCGAAGCUUUCCAGGUGUAGAAAUGUUCCGUGAUCCGGAGGGGGAUGGACAACGUAUGUUGGGAAGAGUUCUGAAAUGCUUCAGUUUGUACGAUCAUAAGAUUGGGUACUGUCAAGGUUUGGGCUUUCUCGUUGGCCCUUUGUUGAUGCACAUGGGUGACAAGCAAGCCUUUUGUGUUCUCGUACGACUUAUGGAACAUUAUGACUUGCGAAACUGCUUCCUGCCCGAUCUCUCCGGUCUUCACGUUCGAAUACACCAAUUCCGAGAAUUGCUAAAGCUACAUCUGCCGACACUGUCAAAUCAUCUGGAAGUAUUACAAGUCGAACCUGCAUACGUUUCCCAGUGGUUCUUAUCGUUUUUCGCGGUUACUUGCCCUCUCCCAAUGCUUUUCCGAAUCUACGAUGUCAUAUUUGCCGAAGGUGCUUCAGAGACUAUCAUGCGAGUUGCACUUUCGUUGAUGAGAAAGAAUGAAAACAAAAUCUUGUCUUGUACAGAGUUUGAGGAUGUGAUGCAAUUACUUCUCUCUAGGGGUUUAUGGGAUGUCUAUCAUUACAACGCAGAUGAAUUUGUCAAUGAUUUCGUUAGCUUAACAGGGAUCGUGACACACGAAAGCCUUCAGAGUUUAGAAGCGGGCUACAGGGUGUCUCAGAUUGUUGAUACUACUAUACCAUCUGAUGUGGGUUCAGCAGCCUCACGAUUUCUCGGACGAUUAUGGGCUGGCUCAAACUCAUCCACGAAAUCGGCAAAUCUUACUCCUAGCCCAGGGCUUAGCGCCCCAUCACGUCCUGUCAGUUUCUUGAGGAGAUCUCCUUCAAAGCAAAGUUUGGCUUCUACAUUAAAUUCUAUGGAGGGCAGCGGAUCAGAUAGUAUGCUCAGUUCUUCAACUGAUGCGACCAGCGUUUCUCGAGAUUCAGCAAAUACUGAUGGGGCCUCAAUACGGGCUCAGUCUGUUGCUAGUGUCAGCGCCACCAAGACUCCAGUCAACAAAGACAAGAAUUUGCACAGUCAAAUUGAAGAUCUUCUGAUGGCGCUCAGUGAGAUGCAACGAGAUCAUGCUAUACUUGCGACAGAAUUGCAAAGGGAGAGAGAGGAGCGCGAGGAAGAUAGGACUGCUGUGCGGUCGUUGCUUAAUACACUGAGGAAAAAGAGUGGGGCGGAGACUGGUGAGUGUUCGGAAAGUGAUGUCAGUGUCGAAACAGUGAAGGGAAUGAGCGUAAUCACAGAGGAGGUGAAUCCGAAUGAAGUCACCGAGGACGAAGAUAUUUCGGCAUCCGAUGUCAUUGACAAUACGGAGGUCAAAGAAGUGUCUACUCUCCCAAUUACUACCGACGACUUUUCUAGUCUACUCGAUGUUGUGGAAGAUCGUUUCCAAAGUCCAAUCGAAGAGCGGAGAUCUUCUAUGUUAUUGACAAGAUCUCAACUUCGAGAAGAACUCAGUCGAUCAAAAGAACAACUUAUCAUCGAGACUUCGAGGUCCCAGGAAUACAGCAGGCGUAUUGCCGAACAAGACCAAGAAAUCAGUAAUUUACGAGAUCAGAUCCGAGAAACUCAAGCUCAUGUUCGAAAUUCACACCAAGAUAGAAAACGAUUGGAGAAACAGGUUUAUGAUUUGCGAAAUUCAAGAAAGAGUGCCCAGUCGACUCCAGAUGGUACAAGGGAUCAUGAUAUUGAAUGGGGUGUCAAAGGUGCAACCACAGGAGGUUUACGAGAAUUAAAGCUUGUUCGCACGAAUUCCCAACGUUCGGUGGCCACAAUUUACAAUAAACGAACUUCAAGCCUCAUAUCUCAUCCGCCAAAUUUCAAAGAGAACGAAAAUCCCCGCGCCUCUGCAUCCUCUGAACGGCAACGUUCUUCUAGAGAUGAUGAAGAUUCCGAUUCAUUGGUUCUCGAACUUGUACAAGCAAAAACAGCUGAAGCUGUUGCUAAACAAGAAGCAGAGGAAGCUAAACUCAAACUUGAAAGCUUGAAGAAGAUGCUAGCAGGGCUACAAAAUGGGGAGAUGCCAACAGCAGCGUUUGGGCAUAAAUCAAACCUUAGUCUUGAGAGGUCGAUGUCGGCAAUGCCUGCGAAAAGUGCAAUGCCGAAGGUAGAGACAUCAAAUGCGGCGGCGAGUGUACCUAAUACUCCAGCGCCGGCCAGCGGAGGUGGAUUCUGGGGUUGGGGAAAGAAGGCAGCUGUUAAUACCGAGGGGAAAUAG